CUCCAGGGCUGGAGUAGCUUUCCAGGGCUGAGCGCCGCGGAUUGGCCCGGAGCACCCCGCUCUCCUCCCUCCCUGCCCUCCUCCUUCAGCACCCUCAACCCACGGAGAUUGGACAGCGGGGUGCCACAUGGCAGAGAGGAACCAGGAUAAAAGAUGAGCAGGUCCGGGGAACGGGAGCGUCUGCAGCAGAACGGCCGGGAGAAGUUUGCAGGGAGGUGGCACCAAACUUUGCCGGCUGCACGGAGCUGGGGCACAAGGCUGCAGGGACAGACAGACGGACAGACACCGGGGCUGCAGCCACCCAGGGACACCCACGGCUUGAGCACCAGCUGCCGAGCAUCCCGUCCCCUGGAGAGCCUCCGCGCCCAGCCAUGUCCCUGGUGGUGAAGGAGAAGAACCACGUGCGCCUGGUCUUCUUGGGCGCCGCCGGCGUGGGCAAGACCGCGCUGAUCCGCCGCUUCCUGCUGGACACCUUCGAGCCCAAGCACCGGCGCACGGUGGAGGAGCUGCACAGCAAGGAGUACGAGGUGAGCGGCGCCACGGUGACGGUGGAAAUCCUGGACACCAGCGGCAGCUACUCCUUCCCGGCCAUGAGGAAGCUCUCCAUCCAGAACAGCGACGCCUUCGCCCUGGUCUACGCCGUCAACGAUGCCGAGUCCUUCGAGAGCGUCAAGAGCCUGCGGGAGGAGAUCCUGGAGGUGAAGGAGGACAAGUUCCCCCCCAUCGUGGUGGUCGGCAACAAGGCGGAGAGCGGCGGCGAGCGGCAGGUGCCGGCAGAGGACGCGCUGUCGCUGGUGGAGCUGGACUGGAACAGCCGCUUCGUGGAGACCUCGGCCAAGGACAACGAGAACGUGCUGGAGGUCUUCAGGGAGCUGCUGCAGCAAGCCAACCUGCCCAGCCGGCUCAGCCCCGCGCUCUGCAAGAGGAGGGAGACGUUCCCCAAGGAGCACAUGCUGCGGCCGCCCAUGAACAAGACCAACAGCUGCUCGGUGUGCUGAGCCGGCCGCCCGGGGCCGGCUGGGAACUCAGGUGGGCUGGGUGGGGGAGAGGUGCUGCCUCGGCCAAAAGCGACCCUGCUCCCUCCCACCCCUGCCCUCCUCGUCCCCACCCAGCCCGCUGGGACCGGAGAGGGUUUGCGGGACGAAAGGAGGAGACCCUCGGAUGGGAUGCCGGUCACUUUGGUUUGGUCAGUGCCGGGAAGGUGCGGGGAGAGGGUGAGUUCCCAAAAAAGCAGGACACCCACCUGAGAAACCGCCGUGCGAGCCAGCAGGUGGAGGUGAGCCGAGGCAAGGGGGGCUCGAAGUGCUGGGGCUGCAGUGGUGGCGAGCUUGUGGGUGGGCAGGAGGCUCCUCGUCCGCUAGGAAGGGGGACAAGCAACGGGGCUCUGGCUGCUCACAUCAAAAAGCAGACGUGGGCAUCCGUGUGCCGCGCUGCACCCUGCCAGUGCCACCCUCCUGGGUCUCCUCCAGGUCCUGAGUCCACCUGGCCCCAGCACAGGCACGUGCCAUGCUCUGGGGCAGCUACGUUAACACCGGCACAUCCAGUGUCCAAAGUAGUUUUGGUUUUGUACUUGAGUAGACGCGUAGAGCAGGCAAUAUCAUGGUCUAUGCACCUCUUCAGUUUUCUCUUUUCUAUGUCUGUUUUUUUUUAAGUGCACCCAAUAAACGUGUUGUUGCAAAGUGGA